AUGGGUGAUGUUAGUCAUGCUCUUGCUCCAAACGACAUGCUUCUCUUCGCAGAAUUCAAGAAAUGGAAGGAAAAAGAGCAAGCCAAUAAUGAUGCAGCCAAAUACAAAGUAGCCAGGACCAGCAAGCCUACUCCUGCUGUUGCCAAAUCAAAUGAAAGACAGCGGAUUACCAAGAAACGUUCAUUCGCAGAACAGCUUAUUGCUGAUGAAACUGGGGGCGAAGAGUGUAAUGGCAGCUAUGUAUUUCGGCUAGGUGAUGAACUGGGAUGA